AUGGUUACCACAAUAAGCACCGCCCCUUUCGCGGCUCAGGAACCGGGGAAGACGCCAACGUGGCGGACGCCGCCCCGCCCCGCCCCGGACGCGACCACCGUGCUGGUCCUGCAGGACGUGGCCAACCGCCUGCGCACCCAUUCCGUCAGGGCCACCACGUCGUGCUGCAGCGCGGCCGAGGUCGUGUCGGUGCUCUUCUUCCACGCGACGAGCUACAGACAGACAGAGCCGGAGCCCCCGGGCAGCGACAGGUUCAUCCUCUCCAGGGGCCAUGCGGCUCCACUGCUCGGUGCCGCCUGGGCGGAGGCGGGCGGCAUCAGUGAACCCGACCUGCUGAACUUGAGGACCAUUCGCUGUGCCCCGGAGGGACAUCCCACCCCCAGACUGUCGGCUGUCGACGUGGCGACAGGAUCGCUGGCUGGGUUGGGCGCCGCGUGUGGAACGACUUACGCUGGCGGGUACAGGGCCAGAGCCCGCUACCGGGUGUUCUGCCUGCUGGGCGACGGCGAGGCCUCGCAGGGCUCUGGCCGGGAAGCUUCGGCCUUUGCUGCCCACUACAGUUUGGAUAACCUCGUGGCAGUCUUCCCCGUGAACCGCUUGGGACAGAGUGGCGUGCCACGCCCGAAGCACCGCGCAGACAUCUGUCGGCGUCGCCGCGGAGCCUGUGGGUGGAACACUCGGGUAGCGGUGGAUGGCCAGGACGUGGAGGCCUUGUGCCACGCGUUUUGCCAGGCGACUCGAGUGAAGAGCAAGCCCGCUGCCGUAGUGGCGAAGACCUUCUGGGGCCGGCGUAUUCCAGACGUCGAGCACGCGGAGAACUGGCAUGGAAAGCCGGUGCCGAAAGGAAAAGCAGAUGAAGUCAUCAGACUAACUGCGAGUCAGAUACGGACCAACGGGAAUCUCAUAGCCCCUGCUGAAGGCUCACCUCCAGUCAGCGUCACAGAUACAAAAAUGACCUGCCUGCCUGAUUAUAAAGCGGGCGACGAGAUAGCUACUCAGAAAGCAUAUAGUUUGGCUCUGGCUGAACUGGGCCCUGCAGAUGAAAGAGUCAUUGUCCUGGGUGGUGACCCAAAGAACUCCAUCUCUUCUGAGAUAUUCAGGAAAGAACACUCUGAGCGUCUUAUUGAGUGUUUUACUGCGGAACAGAUGGCCUGUGCUACACGUGGUCGAACCGUUGCUUUUGUUAGGACUUCAGCUGCCUUUUUGAGCAGAGCAUUUGAUCAGAUCCGGAAGGGAGCCAUAUCUCAAACCAGUAUCAGUCUUAGUAGUGGUUCCCACUGCGGGGUGUCCGUUGGUGAAGAUGGCCCCUCCCAGAUGGCCCUGGAAGAUCUAGACAUGUUCCGAAGCAUCCCCAGUUGCAGUGUUUUCUAUCCAAGUGACGCCGUCUCGACAGAGCAUGCUGUUUGUCUGGCUGCCAACCCCAAAGGAAUGUGCUUCGUUCGGACCAGCUGGCCGGAAACUGCAGUUAUCUAUAUACCACAAGAAAAUUUUGAGAUGGGACGGGCCACGGUCAUCCGCCACAGUGUUAAUGACAAUGUCACAGUUAUUGGAGCUGGAGUUACUCUGCCUGAAGCCUUAGCGGCUGCCGAUGCCAUUUCUCAACAGGGUAUUUCUCUCUGUGUCAUUGACCCGUUUACCAUUAAACCCCUGGAUGCUGCCACCAUCGUAUCCAGUGCAAAAGCUACAGGCGGCCGGGUUAUCACGGUGGAGAAUCACUACCGAGAAGCUGGCGUUGGAGAAGCCGUCUGUGCAGCCGUCUCUGGGGAGCCUGGCAUCCACGUUCAUCAGCUGGCAGUGUCAGGAGUGCCUAAAAAAAGCGGGAAACCUAGUGAAUUGCUGGAUAUGUUUGGAAUCAGUGCUAGACACAUCAUAGCAGCUGUGAAAUACACUUUAAUGAACUCAAAUAGCUGAUUUCUUAAAAAGUCAGUCUGUUCACAUUGGUUUUAAAACACUCAUUUUAUAUUACAUUCAUGCUUGUUGUGACAAAGCUAUCAUUUAUAUCUAUAGUGUUGGGCCUUUUUUUGUUUUUUAAACAAAGCCAUUUAACACCUUUCUUCAUUCGUAAUUCAGAAAUUCAAGUCAACUACCUUUCUCUUAAGCUGUGACUAUAUAUACAAAUGUCACUCUCAUUUUUGAAUCAUUAAAGCAAGUUAUAAUCGUUUAAGUAACAGAAUAGUAAACAAAAGAACCACCUCAUACAAAGUUUGCUGAUAAGACUACAAAUAAUCGACCAGGUUGGGAAUUAACAUAGAGGUAACAGUUCUUUAAAUGUGUGUAAUUUCUUUGUAUGUAAAGAAAAUGUGAAUUUCAUUGUAGAAGUCAGUAGCCUAGGUUUUGAAGCAAGUUGGAGCUUUCACGUAAUGGCAUCCUACCUGCAGCUUCCUGGAUAAUGUUUGACUGCAGUUCCCUGGGCAUUUCCUUGGAAGUUUGCCUUCAUCUCUCCUCUGCAGUUUAGAGGCUGAAGGACAGCAGUGAAAGCUCUUAUGAUGUACCGUGCUGUUUGCAGAGACUGUUCUGUAAAGAGAUGAAAGCCUGACUAGUUCUAGUUUGCACACUGCACUGUUUUGUGAGGUUUCAGAAAUGUUUCAUUUUCUCAGUGACCAAACCAGGUUGCUAACUUGAUUAUAUUCAUCUACUAAGGAAACUAGGGUCAGUGAAAUAAAGUAUUUAAAAACCAAUAGCUUUAUUCAGUUUGUGCCAUGUAUGUGUGACUUGGUUUCUCUCUGAUAAAGAAAAACCUUCUAUCUAAACCGGAAGCAGAAAGAGUCAUGUCCCCCAACAGUAAUCCUGGGAAAAGGUCCGAGCUGGAGACAAAUCACUGGAAAACAAUGUGUGGGCUGAAGCAGGCCCCUUGCUUUUCGCUGUGAGUAUGUAGAUUAUGUGGCUGGAAUACAAGAACAAAGUACCAGUCAGGAAAAUCAAACACGGAGCCAAGGUUCAAAAGUAAGUUUAAAAUUACUUUUUGUCAGGUAAUUAGCUCCUUAGUUUUAUUACCUUCACUAAGUGCCCUCAUUAAGUUCUUUGGAGACAUAACCAAUUUGUCUCAGGGUCAUUGUUCUAGAAGGUAUUGCAGAGACCAAAAGUUGCCAAGUGGAGAAUCAGAGAAGUUGGGGCCUGCUCAGGAUGGUAGUAGUGAUGUCUGUCCUUUUUCUCUGAGCUGGUUCUGGUUUCUCCUUUGGAAAAUUGAUCAUGAUAAUUGCUCUGUUUAUU